AUGCCGAAGUUCGCAAAAUUCUUAAAGGGAAUUCUAUCCAACAGGAGGCAAAAAGGCGACUUCGAGACGGCAGCACUAACAGAGAAUUGCAGCGCCCUCCUUAUGGCGAGCUCUCCACCAAAGCUCCAGGAUCCAGGAAGAUUCUCCAUACUAUGCAAAAUUGGUCCAGAACUCAUACCGAGAGCUUUUUGCGACUUGGGGGCCAGCGUCAACCUACUUUCAUACUCCUUAUGCAAGAAGCUGGGCCUCCAGAACAUAAAAUUGACUACUAUGGCACUACAAUUAGCAGACCACUCAUGCAGAUACCCGAUGGGAAUAGUGGAAGAUGUGUCAGUUGAAGUGAGUGGGUGUAUGGUUACCACAGAUUUUAUUAUUUUAGAUAUGGAGGAAGAUCCAAAGAUACCAAUUAUCCUUGGUAGACCAUUCCCUGCCACGGCUGGAGCCAUCAUAGACGUAAAAAGUCACAGGAUGUCCUUGGAGAUUGGUAAAGAAAAGAUCGAGUUUGAUUUAUCAGAUUACCCCAUCUGGAACUCCUCCCCUCAAGGACAUCCUCGCAAGACCAACAUACACAAAGUCGAGGAGUGCAAUUCCUAG